AUGGCUGUUUUUUUUUUCCUGUUCUUGAAUAUGUUGUUCUAUUCUAUGAAUUGUGAACAAUCAGAAAUAUUACCUUUAGGUGAUAUUAUAUCAAGUGUUGCAGAUAUAACAAAUGCAAUAACCUCCAAUCAAAAGGAAGGAUCAACUAAUGAUGUUGUUACUGACUCGUUACCAAAGAUUAACCUAAAAAUAGUUCCAUCAAAAAAAUUGCAUAUCACUAAAAGUGACUUGGUGUUUUUAUUGUCUGAGUUGCGACAAGAAAUUAGAAGACAAAUGGGUAUUCUCGAAGACGAACUUGAAGAGAAAGAAAGAAUGAGACAAAGAUCUUCUUCUUUAUGGAAUAACAACGAAUCAGCUAUUUACACCCCAAAUGAAAAGG